AUGGUGUUCAUCGUAUUGGGACUUGUGUCCUUGAUAUUCUUGAGCAUUUUCUACAAGUGGACAACCCUUACUUACAACACAUUCAAAGAACGCGGUGUGCCAUUUGAAGAGCCAUGGCCACUGGUGGGCAAUAUGGGUGCGGUGGUGUUAAAUAAAGAAAGUUUGAAUAAGACGUUGUUGGGCUUUUAUAAACGCAACAGAAAACAUGGAAUCGUUGGCUUCUACAAUUUCCGCUCUCCCGUUUACGUGGUGACAAAUCCAGAGUAUAUUAAAAAAAUAUUAGUACAGGACUUUGACUUUUUUGUUAACCACACACCGUUCUUUAAAGCCGAUGAUCACCCUAUAGUAAAUGGCAUGUUGACCGUAAUGAAAGAUGAGCGUUGGAGGAAUAUGCGAAAUACACUUUCGCCAGUCUUCACUGCCUCCAAAAUGCGCGCCAUGUUUAGAUUGAUAAGCGAUUGUCUGAAUGAAUGCCUGGAUUGCCUUCGAGAUCUUACUAAAGGCGGCAAACACCAUGAUAUUGAACUUAAGGACUUGUUCACACGUCUGUCAAAUGACAUCAUCGCUUCAACUGCCUUUGGGCUGAAGGUCAAUUCAUAUGUAAAUCCAAACAAUGAGUUUUACUUGAUCGGUAAGUCGGUCUCGAAAUUCCGCGGCAUGCAAAUGUUUAAGUUCAUUGUCUCUAAUUCAAUGCCCAAAGUUCAAAAGAUUCUAGGAUACAAAGUAUUCGACACCGCAAAGAUGGCUUACUUCAAGCGAUUAGUUAUCGAUACAAUGAAAUAUCGCCAGGAACAUAAAGUCCAAAGGCCUGAUAUGAUCCAAUUAUUGAUUGAGGCCAAAGAGGAGUCCGACCAGAACUGGUCAGAUGAUGAUAUAGUUGGACAGUGUUUCAUCUUCUUUUUUGCAGCUUUUGAAAAUAACGCGAAUUUUAUUGCGACAAUGUGUCAUGAGCUGAUGGAAAACCCCGAUGUGCAGCAGCGUCUAUACGAAGAGGUAUUGGAAGUGCACGAUGAACUUGGAGGCAAGCCCUUGUCAUACGAAGCAGUAAUGAAAAUGAAAUACAUGGAUUUGGUCACUUCCGAAACAUUACGCAAGUGGAACCUCGCUGGGUUUACUGAUCGGCUGUGCUCUAAAGAUUAUGAUCUCACCGAUGACGAUGGAAAUAUAAUAUUUAAAUUUAAGGCGAAUGACUAUGUCUGGUUUCCUAUAGUAGGAUUACACUAUGACGAUAAAUAUUUUGAAGAUCCCGAGUCAUUUAAGCCCGAACGCUUUAGCGAUGAGAAUAAGGAUAAUAUUAAGCCUUUUACGUAUUUACCUUUUGGUGUUGGACCACGCAUGUGUAUUGGCAAUCGAUAUGCACUAAUGCAAGCCAAGGCCAUGAUGUACUAUAUGAUUUUGGAUUUCAAGCUGGAACGUUCCCCAAAAACCGUGGAAAAUAUUAUGGAUGAUGUCAGGGGUUUCCAAAUUGAUCCAAUAUGCGGAUUUUGGGUUCGAUUGGUGCCUCGCGGAAAGCUUUAA